AUGGUGCUGAGGCGGCUGCUGGCCGUCCUGCUGCACAACCCGCAGCUGGUGGAGCGCCUGUCCGAGUCGCGGCCCAUCCGGCGUGCGGCGCAGCUCACCGCCUUUGCGCUGCUGCAGGCUCAGCUGCGCGGCCAGGACGCGGCCCGGCGUCUGCGAGGCCUCGCGGCCGGGCCCGCGGGUUCCCUGGGCCGCCGCGCUGCCCGCUUCAGAGACACCUUCACCCAGGAGCUCCGCCGCGGCCUCCGGGAGCGCCCGGGGCCGCCGCCACCAGCCUGCAGAGAGCCGCGCGCCAGAGCGCCCAGGCCAGACGGACAUGCCCGGUGA